AUGUACACCACAUCUUCUCUCUUCUUGCAUACGCUAGCCCAGGUCGGCAUCACCCAUGCAUUCGUUAACUGGGGCUCGGAUCACCCUGCGCUCCUGGAAGAUCUCGAGCGUCAACGCGUCGAUCAUGGUGAUACCGUGGUCGAGAUAAUCACUUGUCCCAAUGAAAUGGUUGCGUUAAGCGCAGCGCAGACAUUUGUGCAGGUCACGAACAGGCCCGCUGCAGUCAUUGUGCAUGUUGACGUCGGAACCCAGGCCCUGGCUGGUGCCGUCCACAAUGCGAGCAGAGGCAAAGUUCCUAUCCUGGUGUUUGCUGGUGCAUCCCCUUCUACUGUGGAAGGAGAAUUGAAGGGGUCAAGGAACGAGUGGAUUCAUUGGAUGCAAGAUGUACCUGACCAACCUGCAAUUGUCAGGCAAUACAUGCGCUUUACUGCACAGAUCAACACACCCGAAAAUGUCCCUCAUCUUGUCAGACGUGCCCUCCAAAUUGCUACAAGUGAACCAAAAGGACCUGUAUAUCUCUGGGCACGCAGAGAAGUAAUGGAAAAGGAGAUCGAUGAAUCCCUAUUCAACGCUCCAGCAUCUCUCUACAGAUGGCCUUCGAUCGAGCCAACCGCGCUCUCUUCCUCAGCCGUGAACAUGAUCGGCGAUGCCCUGGCUCAGGCAAGCAACCCGCUUAUCAUCACCUCAUACAUUGGGCGGAAUCCCGCAGCCAUCACCGCCCUCGAGAUGCUUUCCCGGCUCAUGGCUAUCCCUAUAUUUGUGACCUGCCCUAGUGCAACCAACAUAUCUCUUUCACACCCCUUCUUCGUCGGUGUCUCCUUCCUUGCGCCUGGUACGCACACCCCGCUGCUCCGCACAGCCGACGUAGUCCUCGUCAUCGACGCAGAAGUCCCGUGGAUCCCAAUGAACAAGAACAAACAAGGCAACUUCGAACGCCCAAGCGACGACGCCCGGAUCUUCGUCAUUGACUCCGGCGACCCCCUCAAAGAAAGCAUCGGCAAUGAACACGUCGCCAGCGUCGCAGAGCUCGUCUGCCGCGCCAGCGCAGAGGUCAUGCUCUACCAACUCCUGAACUCUGGGCGCACAGGUGCCGCGACAGGGUUCUACGCGCGCUCUAAGAGCAUACAGGGGGUGCACGACGCGUUUAUUACGGCCAUGCGUAGGGAAGAGACGCUCACUUCCGAGCCGAACGCGCCGUAUGCGCCCGCGCGUAUCUUCGGCGCACUGCGCACGGCGGUAGAGAAUAAGGUCCCGCACCCUGCAAGCACGCUCUACCUCAACGAAGCCAUCAGUAACUACCCGCUUACGUGGACACACCUGCACCCCGACAUGCCUGCGGGCAUGUUGGGCUCUGGCGGCUCGUCGCUCGGGUGGGCGCUUGGUGGGAGCGUCGGUGCAGUCCUAGGAGGCGUGAGCGCGGGUAAAGGUGCUGGGAAAGUGGGGUAUGAACUAGUAGUGAACGUGGUGGGUGACGGUACGUUCUUGUUUGGAGUGCCUGGGAGUGCAUUCUGGAUGGCGAGGCGGUAUGAAACACCCUUCCUGACUAUCGUUUUGAACAACGGAGGCUGGAAAUCACCAAAGCUCUCUAUGCUAGGCGUGCACCCUGAGGGACACGGUUCCAAGGUCAUGGGCAACCAGCUCACCGUGGGCUUUGGACCCGCCAUGCCCGACUAUGUAGGUAUCGCGGUAGCUGCGACUGGGGGAUGGGCGUGGGGAAAACGCAUCGCUGCGGGUGAUCCCCUGGGGGAAACGAUGGCAGAGGCUGUGCGGAUCGUGGUGGAGGAACGGCGGUGUGCGAUUGUGGAGUGUGUAUUAGAAUGUAUUUGAGAGGCGAGGAUGUAGAGGGUGCGCUGGUUGGUAUUGAAUCUGCCCUGUAGAAUUAGUUGCAAUGGUUGUUCGCUGAUACCCCUAGAUUAUUUGUAUGGAUGACAUGGAUAUACUGGGCGCUGGCUGUCCCUGGGAUUGUUAAAUGG